UUGUUCUUGUAGAGCACAUCCCACUUGGAAGGAGCAAAUGGCCCAGGCUCUCCUGUAUAUGAUGUCUGCCCCUGGCACACAAACACUCCAUGGUAUCUUUUGGUGACUUAAUAUUUAUGGCAUGAGCCACAGGCCAUCCAAGCCAGUCAGACUUAGUCUGGGAGAGCUGAAAGUAUGACAGCCUGAGUAAGUACCAUUUGAGAGUAUCAAAGAGCUAUAAUAAUGUGGAUAGCAUUACAUUAGAAAACCAAGGUGGGAGGAUUACAUGAAAGCAAAACACACAGACAGGCCCCAAGGGGAGACCAUCCACCACAAAGGAUAAUUUCCUAUGGGAUUCAGCCCCAAGAGCACAUUCCUCUGAGGCUGCUUUAAAGCAUCCAGGCAAUACAUCUAAGGAGAGAGAAAAAAUUCAUAAUGCUUUUCUGAAACAACUGUGUGUAGCUGGAGCAGAUGCAGCAGUGCCUGGUCUACAGCUCUAUCAUUCGUCUGGACUCCUACAUGUUUUCCUCCCUGUGAUCUCCUUUUCAACCUAAGAAGGAUGUUUUUGAGAUUUUUUUUUUUUCCCUUCAGGGAGAGAAGAGGGGAAACAUCUUUCAUCUGUGUUUUGGUUUUGUUUUUGCUAUGUAGGCAGUGCUGCAGCCAGAUCCAGGCUGUUCCCUGGGAAUUGUUCUGACUUUGCGGGACAGCACGGUAGUGUUAGCACAGCUUUUCCCACAAAGCUGGAAGGGUUUUCAAAGUACCAUCAGUGCUUAAUCCUGGUGGUUGAUAACCUAAAUUCAAUAAGUAGUGAUUUGUUUCCCCCUCCCAGGUUAGCUGCUGCUUAUAGCCUUUCUCCCAGACGUCCUUUGCAGUAAGCGAAUCGCACUCAGACUGGUGUGCGUGCUGGUACACGCAGUGCCUGCCUACAUUGCCACAGAGCAUUAUGUGCAGCCUUGGACAGGGCAGGUUUAGACUCUGUGUAAAGCUGUUGCAGUGCUUUGCCCUUUAGUGUUUGUGUGAAGGGCCAGGAGGAGAAUGCUGGCUGUGUUUCUCCUUUUUCAUCCCUCUAGUCCACGAUGGAAACACAGCAGGACCAUGAGGUGCUGCAGUUGCAGGCACAGUGCCCUGGCAGGAGGGUUGGGAAUGUGGGGCACAAGUUUCUCAUGUGACAGCAGGAUCUGCCUGUGGGCUUCUGUGCAGAGAAAAGCUGUAGUGCAGUUUGUCAUUUCAGCUUCAGGCCUCUGGGAACAGAGAGACUUUUAUUAUGGGGACUUGCUGGGGAAGGAGCAACAGCAUUAAAAAAAACACCAAAAAACAGUCCAGUCCCUCUGUGUGACAGUAAAAUAUUCAGAGAAAUAUGUGCUCUUUAUCCAGUAGGCAUCCUGAAACAAGGCAUUGGCACCUCUAUAAUACAGAAACUGGAGCAAGAUGUUUGGAAAAGACAGAUAGACAGCUGGUUUGUGCCCAACUCGUGGUUGUACGUAAUCCAUCACUGCCAGGCCUGAAAACAAGCAGGAGCUCACAGGCACUGACUCCCUGGCACAGUGUCUAUUCAGCAAAAGCUCAGUGGUGGCAUGAAGCUUUUCAGGGCUGUGGAGAGAUGCAAAACCCCUUCAUUCUCCCUUUGCUGGAGAAGCUGCUGGUAGGUGGAAGCAGCUGAAGUCUUUGGGCUGCUGCAGACCUGGAGGAGCUGAGAUCAGAUGUAUUUUGCCUUAUGAUCAGUCUGCACCACUGGCCAGCUGAUGGGAUAAGCCAUGUUUUCAGGGAAAAGGAGAGCAAAGCAGGAGGAUUGGGCUUGGGGCAGAAGGUUGUGUUAGAAGGUUUCCUAAAAAGUCUUUUACUGUUCUUGCACAAAAUCUGUUGUUGUUAUUAUCACUCCAGAAGCCUGCAGUGUGAUAAAAAUUCCUUCUGGCCAUGGUGCCAAUACUGUGCCCUCAAUGGUGAUGACAGCAGUUUGUGGGACCACGCAGCUGCCAGAUAUGUCUGUAUUGAAAUACCCAUCUUACUGCCAUGAGUCUCGGGACCACUUUGUUCCUUGUUACCUCGUUGGCUUGAAUUCCAUAAUUCAGGUACAGACACCAGGCUUUCCUGAAGCUUAUUGGAUAUUCAGUUAGAUAUUAGUGUUGUGUGUGAACUGAAUUUGGUGGAUGUGAGGAUUUUCUGGGUGUUUUUUUGUUUUUGUAAGGACUACAGAACAGUCCAGUGGUUCUUCUGCAUCUCCAUCAGUACAGCCCGUGGUGCUGUGUGGUUCAGAGCAUGCUUAAAGUAGCAGAAAAGGUGCCUGUGUACUAUGUAGGAUUUGGAAGCCAGCCAAACACCACUUUAUUGCAGAUUUCAUGUAUUUUUCUUAAGAUGAUUGCUACUGGAUAUAUGUUCAGGCCUGCUACUGAUUAACAGCCAACAGGGAAAUAUCCUCUUUUCCCAAAAUUGUUAAUGAUUUGCAAGCUGGUGCUGAUGUUGGGAGCAGUUUUGGUGCUGGGCUUUACACAGAAUUGUGUUGAUGUGUGGUGUAACUUCAAGUAUCUGUUAUCAACAGUUACAGCUUCUGUAAAAUAAUAGAGACGAUAAUACAGAAUCAUGUAAUUAAAUAUCCUGUUACGAGCCCUGAAGGCAAAGUAUCGAACCAAGGAAAGGGCCUAAUUUUUAUUUUUUAAAAUUUUUAAAUUUUUUUUCUAGAGCCCACACUUCAGCUUAGCUGCCUUGUACAGUUCUGCUCACUGCCCUGCAGAAGCUGAAUAAUGUGUCUGUUCCCUGCAGCAGGUGAAGAAAAUAUUUGGGGAAUUACUGUGGCUUAGCCCUGUUGACUUCAGUACAGCUACUGACGUAUUUGGGGUUCAUUCUUUGUUACUUCAAAAGCAAGUCUCUGGGUUUUGGGGUUUGAUUUUUUCAUACCCCUCCUCCCCAGUCUGCUAUUACACAAAUGUUACGCAAUCCCUUUGAACUUCGAUUGCUUUCUUGCUCUUUAUUUAAGCAUGUUUAUGACAGCUUCUCCUGGGUUGGAGAGAUGGUUGGUAAUAACGUAUGUUCCAGUAAAACAUGACACAAACAAACAAGUGAUUCUGCAAGAAGUCCUGCUCAACAAAACACGGUAAAAAACACAAAGCCUGUGAUACAGUGUCUUUUCCUUUGGCAGUAAUUGUUCUGCUCUUUGUAUUAUCUUACACAACAUGACCACACCACCCGCUGCUCUGACUUCUGAAAAAACAAAACUGUUCAUCCAUGAGCCAAGAGGAACCAGAGUGAUUCUAAAUUACAUAAAUCGUAGAGGAAAUGACUUGUUCACUUGGGCUGCUUACUACUGAAUGAGCUUCUCCUCGUCUGCAGCGUGACAUUGACCAACUCCACAGAAUUCCUGGUGCCCACAGGUUCCUCAGGGCUCUCGGUAGAGGCUGGAGUGGCAGGAGUGGAGGCUGCUGGGUUCCAAUCCAGAUUCCAACUCUGCUGAGUUGUUAGUCUCCAGAACAGUGCCCUGGUAGGCACUGACACAGGAUUUCUUGGCAGGAAAACCUGGGACAGCACUCCUGGCAUCUUUACUGUCCUAAGACUGUCUGGCCUUCACUCAGCUACACGGUGCUGCCAACCUACACCCCACAUCCCAGCUGUAUGCAAAUGAAGCUGAAUUAUGGCAAAACCACAGUGAUUGGUUAUCCCAGUGUUUUACCUUAGAACAGAUGUGUGUGUUAGUUGAUUCAGAUGUUCUUUUUUUGUUGUUGUUGUUAUUGCUUUUUAUUGUAGCAGUUGAAAACAUCUCGACUCCCAAGGCUUUUGGUGGAAAUUUCUUCCCCACGCACUGUCUUAUCACACAUCCUCCCUCAUUCUCACUUUGCAUCCACUGUGAAACGACAGUUUCCCAAAGGGGAAUUCACCUUAGUGGUUGCUAAGCUGUUUAUUUCACUGGUCCCUAACACCCUGCAAUUUCCUGCCGACAGCUGGAGGGUUUAAUUUGCGAGAUGUCUCUGGUGGGUUGUGUCCUGCCUUUGCAGGGGACGGAGCAUGUAAUCUAAUAGGUGGUUUGUUUGCUUUCCUUUUCCAAGUGCUGUAGUUGUGUUUCUGUUGAAAUACCUUUUCAGUUUUUGAGGGUAAUGAAUGUUAACAAAUCACUGGAAGUGAAAAUAAAAAUAGAGAAGGAAAGUAGGUGAGAUUACCACUGCAAGCUUGGCUUGUGCUUCAUGGAUUCUUUUUUAAUAGCAAAAAAAAAAAAAGUGACAUCAGCUCUGCUGCAGGCAUGAAUUAAAGAUGAGAACUUAAUAAAACUUGUUGGAGGGGAGAGGGAGGCAGGAAAGUGGAGCUAAAGCAACGAUGUCUUUAUUUUUAAGCAGACAGCACCACCUCUGCUUCAGCUCUCCGAGAUGGCGAUGGAGAAGAACAAAAAGCAGCUUCUGAAGUGGUCUGUGAAUCAAAAGUGCCCUCUGCUGGGAAAACCCUGCAUGAGGGAGCGUUUCCAGGCCGUACCCGAAAGCCUAAUUAUCCUCUUUUGCUGGGGAAGAGGCUGGAUGUGGUCCAGGAUGCUCUCAGCAGUUGCCUUUGCCAUUACAUGCCCUGUCGGGAUUGCAGUCUGAACAUGUCACAGGGUAUUGGAGCAGUCUGUGAUUUCAUUAGGGCUUGACAUCACGUGUGUGUGGCUGCUCAGUCACUGCUCUGCUCCUCGUGAACAGAAAACAGGAAUUUGCAUUUGCAAUUCUGCCACGUGAAGGAUAAGAAUCUGGAUGUGAAUCCUGUGCAGAUAACAUCACCCUUGGCAAAUAAAAAAGUGAUGAAACGGGAUGGAGCUGGGAAGGAGCCUUCAGUAGCCCUGAUUUAAUUCUUAUUUGUUUUAUGUGAGCAGCAUUGAUGAAACACGUGGGGUCUGUGCCAAGCUGCACAGCCCUGCAGGGAGCCCUUGUUCUGCUGGGGCUCUUCUGUGCCUCUGGCACAGGCCCUGCCCAGUGUGAUCCUGCUGGGGCUUGGCUGCCCCAGCAGGAAUAUUCAUGGGGUCCCUGCUGCCCAGUCCAGUGGUUCUUCUGCAUCUCCCAUCAGCUCCUUCCUGGGGCUGUGCAGAGGGGGCUCCAGGGGUGGAGGAUGAACGGCUGUGGGGAGGAUAUUGGUGUGAGGUCCACACAGUGAGUCAGGAGGCGAGAGCUGGGACAUUUCCUGUAGGUUUCCUGGGGUUCUGUGGGAGUCCAGCCCUGCUACUCUUGCAAAGCUGCAUGCAGCCUGGACAUCCUUCAGAUUUAGGGAGAGUGAAGGCUCCAUCUACAUGCAUGUCCUGUGGUUCAAAACUGUCUCGAAAUGAACUAUUUGUUUGCAAAAAUACAGCUCCCACAAGUUCAGCUGCUUGCCGUCUCCAGCUGGGUGUUGCUCUUCCAAUCUGUAAGUGCACAGAAGCACAAGCAAGAAAAAUCAACAGAGAACAAUAAAAAUCCAAUUGAAAAAAAUAAAGAACAAUAAAAAUCCAAUUAAAAACAUCAACUUAAGUGUACAAGGUUUCAGCUGUUAUGUUCUGAGCUUCUUUAGCAAUUUCAGUGACAAGGGCUGUUUCUUAUCUAAAGUAAUUUAUCUUAACAUCUGGAGCAAAAAGGAAUUGAUCUGUCUUGUUAUUUGUCAUCACAAAAGACUGUUUUAGAAGAUGAAUAGUCAGAGAUAUAAAAAUAGCAGGAAUCAGAGCAAAUAGCUAAACUGAUUUUAAAAAUACAGUUAGUACUGGUGUGCUGUUUGUGCCCCUUGGGAAGAGAAGCUGCUGUAUGAUGCAUCAUGUUGAUGUUACAUAGCAGCAAGGAGUGAUACUGAUGAAUUCUGAAAGAAGAGCUGGCCAGGAAAGGAGGGAAAUAAUCCUUGUGGCUAUGAAACAAGCUUGAAAUCCUCUGGGAUUUGUAACGGAAGCCUUUUUUGUCAAAGGAGCUGUGGAGCAAGUGUCCCAGGUUUCACUCUGCUGGCACUGGUUGAUUUUGGCAGGCAGGAGUUUUUCCUAUAAUUGUCCUUGAGAAGCCUUUGAUUGUUCUGCCUGCACUUGUGGGUGGGAAGGCAGCUUUAUUUAAGGAGGAAUAAAUAUUUAUUCUCUUGGAGCGCUUGCCACAGCUGCUGCUUUGCAAAAUGAUGGUAGUUUCAGUUAGGAGCGAGUCAUGCAAACUCCCUGCUUUUAUGAAUUUGCACCUGCUGAGCUGUGGUUUGGGUUUGAGUGAACCUAAAAUCUCAGAGGUAAAGUUCACCAAAAGUGGUAAGUUUUGACUGUCUAAACCCAGUGAAUUAUUCAUUCCUUUCUCCCAAUACCAUUGAAUUACCACCUUAUGCUCCUGCCGGUGCUCUGGGUGGAUUUCUGAGUAAAUUUGGACGUUUCAGGUGCACAGCAAUCAUUUGGCUGUUUUCAGAUUUGAUUUCAGAAGAAACGCAGAGCUAAAUCUUGUCAUCCAAAAUACCUGUGAAUUCAGAAGCGGGGGUUUGUGCCCAGCUCAAACAAUGCAUUGAAUUCACAGUGUGAUUUCUGUCUGUUUCAAUUUACAGCAAGAAAUGGUGGUUUUAAACUGUGUGAAAUGCCUCUGUUUGGUGUAGAGCUGUUAUCUCUGAAACCUACCACCAGUUAAAUGUUAUAUUGCCUGUUAGAGUGUGGUGUGUGCUUGGCAAGAUGUUCUUGGGCAAAACGUGGAUUGUACAGGAAGUAUUUACACAAUACAUAUGCUCCCCAUGGUAUUUGGUUUCUUAGUUACUGGGUGUUUGUUGGCACUUCAUCCUGUCAUCAACUUUUGGAUCCAGACUUUCAGGAGUGUCCUUUUAGGAUCUGUAAGAAUGAAGAAGUGUGCUGCAGACAAAAUACAAGUUCAAAUGUCCAUGCAUGCAGGAUUUUUCUAAUUGGUUUCUCCAGAAGUGGGGAAUUUAAGUGACUUUGUAAUAGUUACUUUUAAUCCACUCCAGUUUCUUCCUGCUUUUCCAUGCACAGUUCUAACAUAGAACCUACAGAUUGAUGUUCCUCUUUCCAGGCAGUAAAUAUGAAUCAGAAAACUGAGAUGAAAAAAAAGGAAAGGCCCCAUAUUGUAAUAAUCUUAUGCUUAUUUCUAAGCAAUAUUUGGUGCAUUUGUAAGAGUGGCAGUGAUGUUGUCAGAGGGAUUUGGUGCUCAGUUCAGCCCCAGGAUAUCAUUGUCUUGUAAUGGAGAGACUUAUGCUGGGCUUCUGUAAAAGGCACCUGCUGCUGAAAGCUCCUCAGGAAUGGUGUCCCAGCCCCACGCUGCCCUUCCUCUUCCCCUCUGGAAGCUCUGGAUGCUCUGUGUUGGUGCGUGCAAGGCAUGAGGCAGUUCCAGCUCCAAAGGGGAGAAGCAGCAGCUGGCAGUGCCUGGGGCAGUGCCAGCCUCAUGCCCAGCUCUGUCCCUCCCAGCAGAGGCAGAGCUUUAGCAGCUCAGUGCCUCAAUUAAGGUUAAUUUGGUGUGCUUGGGGACAGUGCCAAGUGGUGAUGGCAUGGCUCAAACCGUGCCAGAGGCUGCUGGUGGGUCUGGACCAGGGCAGGAUUUGGUCCCUUAGUCCACACCAGAGUUUCCUGGAAAAGGGACAGGGAGUGCUUCUGAUCACAGUGAAGGUCUGCAGGCAGGGAGGGAGGCAUGCACAGGGUCUUCUCCUCUGGAGAAGCAGCACACUGCCUUCUUCACACCUUAGUGAAAGGGGAUACAUUUCAAGGGAUUAUCCAGUGAUUUGGAGUAUGUCUUUAGUCAGCAAAUGUCCCCCUCAGCUGAGGGAACUGCCUUACAAUCUCAGCAUGGGUCGUGGAAUAAGAUCUGUGAAAUGACUCUUUGUUAAUUUGUCUCAUUAGCAAGAUGGAGAGCUGUAUGUGAGGCAGAGUGUUCCUUUUCUAUUGUUCCCUAUGUUGGUGCUUUCUAAGUAUAACAAACAAAAUUCUCUCUGCAUAAGCAGUCCCUGUAGACAGCUGAGCCACUGGUGUUUCUCAUGUCUGCACCUCCCUCCUGUACUUCUGCAUGGAGAAACAACUGCUUGUCUCAGUGUAGAAAGAAACAGAUUAAAAAGCCACACUUGGUUGCUCUUUUGUCAGUGUUUCAGCAUGGAAUUCCUCCUCAAAGAAGCUCCAAGUUCUGAAAUCCCUGAAAGCUCAAGCAGGCUGUGCUGCUGUCUCUGCCCCUUGCUGGAGAAGUGAGGGCAGCCUGAGCUGCAUGCUGUGCACUUGCUGAGGUCAGACUUUCUUGUCUCUUCCUUCCAGUGCUUUUCAUCUUUCCAUCUUCUGAUGAAAUGAGGCCAUCCUGAUAGAAAGGAAUGCCAUGUACUCUCGGUGUGUCUGGUUUGUUUGUUUUUUAAAAAGCUUGAGCUUCUUUCAUAUCUCAACGGUGCUUUAGGAAGGAAAAUAAAAAUUCAUGCAGCAGUCUUCAUUAUUCUGAUCAUGAUUCUUUUCAAAGAUUUUUCUUUUCCUAAUAAGAACUCCUGCUGUGUACAUGUGUACAUGAUGUUUGGUAGUGUUUGGUCAUUAAAAAUAAACUUUAUGAGGAAGUUAAAUUUUAGGAAUUUCCUCUUACAGUGAAAUAACAGAUUUUGCUUGUGAUAGAGCAUUCCUAAUACCAGCAUGUGAGUUGUCACCCCAGCUCAUGUCCAUUGGUCUGCAGCAAGACACGAAGAUGAGGAGGCAGAGAGGAGAUGGAAAUGUUUGGUUGCUUUGUUUGACAUGGAGACAGUGAGAUAGCAUCCUGGAGGCUGUGAUUUUGGUUUGGACUUUCAAAGAUGAGCAGAUACAAAGGUUUUGCAAGAUGCACUGUAGGUCUCCUUCUGGUAAGCUGCACCUCUGUUUGCAGACACUGCUCUGUCUCUGCUCUCCUGACCCUCUCUCUCCCUCGUGACUGCCUGUAGCUCAUCCCUGCUGCUCCUGCUUCUGCUCCUUGGGUUCUCCUUUCUCAAGCACUUUGAGAAAUGAACACAAAAGUGUUCCACCACCUGCUCUGGGUGAGGCCUUGUAGUCAGGUGUCAUUGAACAGGAGUUUGAGGGAGUGUCCUGGGGUUGUGACACGCAUAGAAAGCUCACGUUUUGGGGGAAUGAUGUUCACUUACCCAAAGAAUCCUGCCAAGUGAAAUGAAGACAGCAGCAAAUGUAACACGAAGUUUAAGCAUCCUUGAGUGUGAAACCAAUUAAGAAACUUAGCCUGAGUUAUUUUCUAUGCAUAAAAUGAGCCAGGUGUUUCUGGAAUAAUAUUUUACCCUUUGUACCUGUAUUGGUGAGCAUCUUCUGCUCAUUGCCCUGGCCUGGCUCUGGGGCCUUGUUUGUUGUUGAAUGUGGAGUGCUGCUGAGAACCAGUCCAGCUGGGGAUUUGGUUUCCUGCUGGUUGAACUGGUAUUUGCAAACACUGAAGGAUUAGCAGUGUUGUGAUUUGCAGAGCUUUGCUCUGCAGAGGGGAAAGCUGCUGCCAUGGACCUAUCCCACACUGCUGAAGUGCUUAAGCACCAUCUCAGGCAGAUCCUCACUGUCAGGGCAGUGUUAAAACAAGAUGCUUAAACCCUUCUAAAGCUGCUGAUUAUUGAACAGAAACACUGAGCUCAGGAAGGUUAUUAGUAUGCCAAACCAGCCUUGUUUUCUCACUUAAUUUUAAUGUGAAUAACUUUAUUUUAAAUUGGUGCUGGUAAGAAUUGGGAAAAGCUUUCUGAGAGGGUUUUUUCCUUGCUGUUAGAAUAACCUCAUUUCAGGCUAUGCUGUGAGACUUUGUGGCAGCUCCUUUUUGUUGAAAGGUUGCCCCAGGUGACUUAUGGUUCAUGCACUCUUGUAAGUGCUAUUAAUUUGUGAGGUUUCAGUGGUUAGACUGAGCUGCUAAGUGGGCUCUGAGCAGAUAAUGAGGUCAAGCAGGGAAGAGAGGAAAGAAUUCUGCAGGUUCCCACUUGGCAUUUGUACCCAGGUUGCACAUUUAAUGGAGAUUUUGUCCUAAAAGCAAAGUUCCUGUAAAGUCAUCAUUUUGCAGAGGUGGUUUAGAAUACUUGUCCAAACCUGAAAACAAACCUACUUGUUCAUGCUCUGUGGCAUUGCUCUUGAGAUCACUGCUGUCAUGCUGAAAUGCAAAUUUACUGCUGUUUGUGUUGGAUCAUUUUGUGCUGCAUUAGAAUGCUGGUCCUUAUUCUCUGAGGGAUUUUACAAGGUAAGUUGCACUGUUAGUAAGGUGGGAAAGUGUUUUAUAAAGAAAGCAGGUUAUGAAGCAUAGGAGGGUGCAAAACUAGCUGUAGAAGGAGCAUUAUUGUCACAUAUUCAGUCACUGGAAAGCCUCAAAUACAUUAGUUGAAGCAGUUUGCAAACAAUUGUCUUCUGUAUUUUACCCUAAUCAGCUCCCUGACUUUGUUUUUUUAAAUAAUCUUCAUCUUACAAUUAUAUCACAGAGGUCCUAGGUUACACAAGGAUUUUGUAUCAUUUCUGGGAUUUGAUUAUCCAUUACAUUCACUCUGAAAGUUUCAAAUACAGUCAUUCAGCAUGUCCAGGGUGGGAGGUAGCUCAUGAGAGGCUCUCUUUUUGCAUUUUGAGGCAGGAGCAUGACCCUACACUCUUCAGAGUUGACACAAGUGGAGCCUUUGGUGGAUAUUAAGUCAAACCAAGAGUUAAAGGAAAGUCCCACUGUUUCUGGCACUGCACCAGCAAUCCUGUCCAUUGAAGCUUUUUGUGUAGCACUGAAAUUCUUGCAGAAGUUACUCUACUGUUUACCUUUCAGGUGGUAAUUUCAGUGGGGUUAUUGAUGGUACACAUAGUGAAGUGCUAAUGCAGGAUCAGGAUCGUCUUUAAAUCUGCUCCUUGCAGGUCCAGAUACAAACAGAAUGUUCUGCAAAAGGGAACUGGCAGCACUGGUUCUGGCCUACAGCCAGCUGCUCAUUCACAGAUGAAUCAAAGUUACUUGAAGAAACCAGGUCUUGAAAGGAUCUCUCUCUGUUUCUGAAAGCAUGGUAUGAUUUUUAACAGCUGUCUUAUUGACCCAGGCGAGGAAAGCUUCAGGUUUUUUUAAUAGAGCAAUGAGAACACGCCUGUUCAGUGAUACUGCAGAUGGCAAAUGUUUCUGUGCUAUGCAAAGUCUGUUGGGCGAAGGUGACCGUGGUAGUCAUAAGAUGUUUUCUGUAAUAGCACACUGUGGUUUCAAAAUGUGCAUUUACACUCCCUUGACACUUAUUUUUUCAGUGCUCAGGGUUUCAUUAACAUUGUAGUGAUAUCUUCAGUUGGAUUUGAUUUGCAUACAGAGUACUUGCUUAGAAAGGGGCUCGUGGCUGAGUCUUCUGUUGCUUUUUGGCUGAUGUGUCUUUGCUCCUGAGCUGCAGCUCAGUGAACAGCAUAGAAGUUCAGCAUUGUGCUGUUUCACUUGCCAUUAAUUUCUUUGAGAGAGGGAAUUAGCAUUGUGGCAACCUCCUGUUCUGUAAGCACAACUACACAUGGAAUAAAUGCAUCACUUUGUGACUGUGGGUCUUUUCCAAGACGGAUACUGGGCGAUGGUAUAAUUUGGGUUUCUGCAAGAUGAACGAGUCCAUGCUGGAAAACAUGGAUUAUGGGAUGACUGGGGAGGUGUUGAGAAUGGACAGAAGCUGUUCAGGUUGGUGUGCCUGGCAGCACUGACUGAGGCAGUGGCUGAAGGAGGGGUGCUGGGGCCUGCAGUGACAGGGACAGUAAAUGGCACUGCUGUCCUGGGGCCAAGGGUGUGCAGGGCAGUGCUGGGAGAGUGCUCACCUGUGUGGAAAGAAAAGAGAGGUGUUGGUACAGAGAAGCAGAAUGUGUUCUAAAGACACUGUGGUUAAGGAAAUACAAUGUGUGCUGGUUGUGGACUGGCUGGUGCUGGAGUUCAUGGCAAGGUGGGAUGCAGGAGACAGAAAGCCUUUGGGAUGAUGGCACUGUGUGAGCCGUGUGUGGUACUCUGAGCUGACUCCAGAGUCAUCCUUCUGGAUUUACAGGGCACACAGCUCUGUAGAGGCACCAUGCAGCUCUCUUGCUUACCUAGGCAAGGCACCAAUGUGUCUCUUCCAGCUCAAGUGGUUUGAGUGCCCCAUUGAGCUCUGUGAGGAAUGUGGCUUUCCCCUCAUAGCUGCUCUGGGAAGAGCUUGGAGAAUCACUUGUUCCUGUAAGCAUGUCCUUAGAUCUGGGUGUUGGAGCAUGUGACAACAUCUGUACUCUGCUUUGCUCAGGAACCUGCUUGAAUAGAGUGGGAAUAUUGAUAAUAAAUAAAUAAAUGUGUGAAAAAGUACUUCAUCCACCCUGCAACACCCAUUAGUGUCAGUGCUAUUCAUAGGUAGUGUAUCAGAAUCCCCUGUAAGAGCUGGGAGCUGAUGACACUGAGCAAAUUGCAGCCUGUUGCUGGGGGUUUUCUUGUUUACAUUGAGUUACUGAUGCCUAGAAAACAGAGGAGGUGGCUUAGCUGAAGUCACAGUGCUCGUUAAUGCCAGGGUUUGGAUAUCAAAGUGUGUAUCACCAAAGUAAAAAAUGUGGAAACUUAGUUCUGUGUGCCUCACUUGUUGUCUGUUGCCAAAUAUUAGUCAUAGGCUACUACAGCAGUAAACUCAGUUCCUUCCUUCUGAAAGUAUAACCACUUGCUAUAACCUUCAUAAGUUUUAAUUAAAAUGAGCAUGCAAUGAUUUUGGGAUUGAAUCCAAUUUCAUAUGCUGUUUAAAUUAAGAAAUAAAAUUAUUUCCAUCAGGCUUUUAGUUCAAUGCUUGUGACUGCUGGAUCAUUUCCUUUUUCAUCAGUUUCUGAGUUUUAAAAUGGCUUAUGAACUUUGGUGAAAUCAUUUAGAAAUGGAUUUUAUGCGGAAUAGUUAAUAAAUGGAUAGCACAACCAUGUAGUGAAAUGAAUCUUGUUUGCAUCUCAAGCAGCACAAAUUUAAAUAAAACGCAGGGCUUUGCAUAACAGCAUUUGUUUUUAAUGCUGGAAGUAUUUUUCAAGCCACCUCCAACGUCCUUCAUUUUUCACCAGGAUAUCUUUGGCAGCAAGGAGGAUUUUCAGGGGCUGAUUCAAGGUACAUAAUUGGAGCAGUGAGACUACACACACAAAGUGUCAGUUAAUGGAUGAGGCUGGUUUAACUGUAGGCUGCUCAGAAAUAACCCAAGAAAUACUUCACUGGCAGCUAAUGCAGAGGUGUAAUUAGACUUCUACACAAGUGCAAUUAGUCUGAUUGCAUAGAAAGAAAGAGAGUUCAUAAGGUUUUUCAAAUGUGUGCAGAGACAUUUUGUCUCAACUGUCUUGUCCCUAAGCUUCUGCUGUAUUUGUGUUGAACUUGAAUAAACAAGCACAUUGCUCUUUAGCUGGCAGUUACCUGCAAUCUUCCACCCUCCCACAGUGGGUUUUACAUUGUUGUUUGUUUAUUUUGAAGCUCCAAUGCUGCCAUGCCCAGGCCAGGGUGAGGCUGUGCUCACGUUCAGCUGUGGGCCUUUAAAACAGGGAGGGAGGUAGAGAAUUCUAGGGAGAAAGAAAGGAAAGCCUGUUUUUUGAGGAAUGGUGUCUAGGUUUAUUCUACCUUUGUUUAAGCAGUGGUGAUGAGGAGAAUGCUUGCAGUAAUCUGCAGUUGUUGCCAGUUGUGAGCAUACACAAAUCCAGAGAAAUCCAGAAGAAAUGUACCUCUGAAUCAGGAGCAUAAAACACAGGGCUGUUUCUAACAGUGUCUAACAAGGUAAACAAUUUCUACUAAGAAAAGCAAAUGUACUGCACAAGUGAGAGACACUGAGGGGAUGCUGUGGAUUUCUUUAUAUCGACAUGAAUAAAAAAGUAUAAAGCCUUCCAGCUGGUGUUGUGUGUUCUCUGGAUUUGGCAUGGCUGAUGAAUAGAGGUAACAUGCAACAUUUAGUGCUUAUAAACUGAUGUUUUAAUGAAAGAAACCCACAUUUUAAUCAAAUAUGGACUAUGUCCCCACUCCUGUUCCCAGCACCUCAGUGCAUGGCCCAGAACCCCUCUUUGGACUAAGGUUUUAAUCUUAGUUUUGGAGAGGCUGAACUAGAGAUCAAUAAAUUAAUAACUUUCUAAAUCAACGAGGCAUGAGUACAACCUUAGUUCAAGUUAUUUACUUCCCUGUUGAGAAUGGAGUUAGGUGAAGUUUCAGCAUCAUUUUGCUGUCUAUGUGCUUGGGUAGGUAAAUAACUUCAGUGAAAAAUGAGUCUCACAAAGAAGCAUCUUAAAUUUGCUAGUUUGUAUUUCACACUAGAGUAUCUCUGAAUGCUUUUGUGGAGUAAAUACCAACGUAUGGCUCAAAGUUGAUUAUAAAAUACAGUCACUUUUGUGUGGUUAUCUGGCUCCAUUCUUCCCCCAGCUCAGUAAUGGCCAUAGCUGUUCUGUCUGACAGCUGUGCAGUGACUUAGAGAACGAGACAGUGGAUCCAGUCCAGCUCCCAGAGUGCCAGCAUCUGCACUCCCUGGCUCCAGCUUGCUUUUGGCAGUGCUGACUGAGAAACCACUGAUUCAUUCAGCAGGGGGAAUGAAGCUGAGCCUGACCCUUAGAGGAUCUGCUGCUGGGUCAGUGGACACCCACACUGGUGUGUCAGGAAAGUUCUCUCCUUCAGGCUCCUGCUGUGUUUUCCUGUCUCUAAAUGUGGCUUCAGCAUCCUGGAAUACCUGUGCAAGAGCAGGGGUACUGUCUCUGAAACCUCUGGCUGCACUGGUGCCCUGUAUCACAGAGGAAAGGCCCAUGGGGUUGGUCAUCUCUGAUGCAGGCUUAGUCAUUGAUGCAGAAACAGAAAAAGAGGGAAGAGUUCCCAUAACCGAAAUUAGAGAACAAGAAACCAGACUACAGUGAGGAGGUGGUAUCAGCAAGUACAUGGUAUGGAGGGGACAGAAGAAAAGCAAAUCUCCUAUAUCCUGACAUUGCUUGUUUUGGAUUAAGACCUUGUUGCUGUCUCCUGCUAGUCCAGCUUGCUCCUAUGUGACCCUUAAUUUCCAGUCUUUGCCUUCUCCACUCACAUUUUUACUUCUUUUCCUGGUUGCUGUGGGAUGAAAAAAAGCAGGAUGUCAUAUGUGCUUUGAUACUGGAUAGCAUUCAUUACACAUGGGCUCAAAAAGCAGCUAGGGGCUUCAUGGAAAUGGUAAAUAUUUAUUUCCUGUCCUGAAUUGGUCACAUUUCUUAAGCAGAAGAUUCCUGACUGAAUCCUUAACUGUGAUGAUUUUCAGGAGACCUCCCAGUUGUUUCCUUAUCCAAGAUAACAGGAAAAGAUAUAGAAGAGCACCAUCCUGAGUGUCUGUUACAGGCUGGCACCCUGUAGCUACCUUUAGCUGAGGCUCUGGAGCCCAGUGUAGCUUAUUUUCUCUAGUUUUGUUAAGUGGUAGCAUUUAUUAUCUGCCAGGUGCCGGUAAGUUGUGUGAUUACAGCAGCUUGUUUGUCUUUGCCCUCUAGCUCAGAUGGCUCUUGUGGGCCUCCAUAAGUGAAGAAACACCAUCUGGCUGCUGCUGCAGGAUGCUGGGAGAUUUCCAUCUUUCAGUUCUUUCAAGCUGGAGACAUUUUUUUAACAUUUUAGAAAGCCUAGGGACACUUCCAGCUCUGUUUUCCCCUUGUUUCUUUCCGAGUUGAAGAAUGUCUCAUAGCCUCUUACUUACAGCCCCUUGCUCCAGGCAGGCAUUGUCAGAGAGCAUUAAGUGUUGGGAGCUGACAGAGCUUUUCAGGGUUCCUGCCUCCCUGCUCUCCUGGUGGUAGCUGGGUGAAGUGUCUGACAGAGAAUUGUUUUUCUGAAAUGCUGCAGAGGUUCUGUAGCCGAGCAGAGGUGGGUGUUCUGUAAUUCCCCACACACACAGCACCUAGGGCUGUUGUCAAGAGGAAAAACCCAUCUUCAAUGAGGUGGGUGUGUGUGUCAAAUGAAAAGUUAUAUAAUAGCAACUCAAAUCUGACCAGGCUCUUGGGUCUAAAUUAGUAUUUAUACCAAAAGGGAGAGAGAGAGAGAAAUGGAGGUAAUGGUUAUUGCUGUGCAGAGCUGAAGGUAGCUGGGGGAGCAGCAGCAGUGUUUAAGCAGGUCAGUUCUCAUUCCUCUACCUCCUCUGCAGCUGCAUUAAAAUGUUUUUUAUAAAAUACCCGUUGUCAAUCUAGUGAGGCAAUGUAAUGCAUCCAUCUCUCUGUAUUAGCUGCAUAAUUCCAGGCGGUGUAACUUCAAGAAGGAAACGCAAGAAGAUAAGUGGGAGAAUUGCUCAGGACAGGGGUGUUAAGGGUGAGCUCUGUAGGUGGGAAGUGUUUGUGCCUUUGCAUGCGUAAUGCUGCCUGAAAACCACCUUCACAGGUUGUUUUUCCCCAUCCAGCCUUCAGUGGGGAAAACCAGAGCAUUGUUUUCCUUUGAGAAAUAUAAAGUGUUUGAGGCUUCCCCCAUCUGCUCGUGUUAGAGGCUCCUGGUGGCAUCGUGUGUGAAGGAACUGCCUGAAAGAGGGCUCAUCCAGCCCUGAAUGUGUCUGUGGUUCUGCCAUCAGGCUCCUCCAGGGUGAGGAUUAAAGCUGGCUGGGGGAAUGACAAAGCUGCUUUGUUGCAGCUUCUGAGAUUUCAAAGUUUGUUUUGGUUCAAUGUUGCAACAAAAGGAAAAGCUUUUGAAUGUUGUUUGCAACAUAAGAGUGUGUUGAAAUACCUAAUUUUGGGCAGCAUGGGUGAGGAUCAGCCAAGUAGCUGCCAGAUGUGAAAUGGCUGGAGAGAGCUUUGUGCUAGAAGAGCAGAGACUGGGCUGUAUUUUAUUUGCCUGCCCUUUUUCUUUAACACAGCACUCUUGGCAGCAGAGAAAAUUACAUUCUUGCUUUGUUGGCCAAAAAUAGCCACCUAAUAGCCACCUCCAGAAAGAGUUUUCUCCUUCAUGCUGUGUGGGGGCCAUUUAUUGCACACAGGUCUGGAGUUAAGGUAUUGUUUAGGCACUGAGCUGGUCCUGCUGCGAGGCAGAGCUGCUGCCUCUUCCCACCUGGCUUCUCCCUAAUGCCAGCUGCUGCCUUGGGCAGGACAGCUGUGGGUUAGGGUCAGAGUCAACUGGGUUCUCUCUUAGUGGUUUAGUUUUGGUUUUGUCUUUUUCUUCCAUGUUCUGGGUUUUUUUUUUUUAGCCAUACCAGUUUGCUGGUGUCACCAUCACCUUUGCUGAGGUGCAGGAGCAGCAGUGACCUGGAGAAGAUCCCACACUGCUGGCCUCUGUAGGUUUGUGUUGCAUUGAAGUCCCUGUAAAAUUACCUCCCCAAGGUUGUAGUAGCUACCAAUGUUUUACCCUCAUUAACCUCUUGAAGUUGAGAGAUUCUUUAUAUGAAUAAAUCUUGGCCAGAUAGAGGAUUUAGAGGGGAGGAGGAUGAAUUGCAUUUAAUAAAACAAUACAUCUUUCUCUCCAAGCCCCAGUAUUCUGCUUGGAGCUGCCUUAUCCCACCACAAUGGUUUACAACAGCUGAAACAAUCAUAGGUGCAGUGGGAUUGCAGGUUUGUGAGUUAAGCAAUACUCUUCUCUUCCACUGUGGACAAGACAACCUGCAGUUUUAACAGCACAUUAAAGAGUUUUUAGUUUUCAGGCAGUACAAGCUAUGACAAAUCCUGAUUUUUUCAAUUAAAAUCAAUAACAAUGCAAGCUAAAGAAAAGAUUUAACAGCAGGUGGGUGGUUCAGCUGGUAAAUUGAUUUCCUUUGGGUGCAGGUGAAUGUGCAUCGUGGUGCUUCUGUCAUUAAAUAAUUUGUGUGGUGAGAGACACAAUCAGCUUUAUUAAUGUGAGUAUUCUUGUGGACAUCUAACAUAAAUCAAUGCCUGCUGGAAAACUUUGUGUAAUUGGUUAGAGAGAUGUCAAAGCAAUUUAUUAAAAGCAGUUUUCUGAUCUUUGCAAAGUGGAUUAAAAAGUGGUUGACUGGAGAGGAGUAGUAAGUGUUCAUACUGUCCUUUUCAGAGUAAAAUCAAAAUAAAGUUUACACAGGCUUAAGAAGAAACCAAAACUACAGGGUUUACAACUCUCUGUGUUGGUGCUACUGUGACUUGAAUGUAUGAUCAAAAACAAGAUUGUAUUGUUUUAGUAGCACAACUGAACAAAGUUCUGGAUACUUCACAUUUGGUAAUAGUUUUCAACUGUGGAAAGAUCACAAAGUAACUGGGAUAUUGUGAAUCAAGCUGGUUAAUAAUACACCAGAAGAGAUAAGAUAGAGGCUGAAAAGUCCCUGAGUCUUUACCUUCCUUAUCUCUUAUCACUCUGCUUAAUAGUUAUAGUUUUAGAUUAAGUAACCUCUCAUAUCAUAAAAUAAUUUAUGGUUUAUUGGUGCACGAUACAAUUUUGCUUCCUAUUGCCUUUUACUGAGCUUUCAAAAAUGUCAAAGGUCCACUUUUUCAUUUAGUCCCUUGUAGCUGGUGCUUUUCAAUUCACAAGUAAGAAUGUUGUUACUUAAAAGAUACUGAUACUCACUUUCCUGAUCAAGGUUUAGAGGAGGAUAAGCCAGAGCAGAGGAUUUCCAGUCCAGCAGGCAGGGUUAGGGGCCAGACACAUUUUUAUUCCCGUUGCUGUGCUCUUCUCUGUGGCUCUAAGAGCUCAUUCCUCACCUCAGUUUCCUCCUUUGCAAAAUGGAAAGAAGACCCAACCAUGCACUUUCCUUGCUGUGGCUCUGCUAGUUAAACAUUUUUAAAGAUCUGGGGGAUGGCAAGUCUUCAGGGUUAAUAAUUAACCUGCCUCUCUAACUGUCCUGGACUGCAGCUUUCACUUCUCCAGUUGUACAUUUUUCUUUCUUUGCUCAUCUUCGUGACUUCCAGCAUUUCUUGUUCUCGCUGCAGUGAAGAACAAACUUUCCCCGGCUCUUGGGGACCCUGCAGGGUUGGGCCAGCCCAGAUAACCACAGACCCUGGUGCUGUGGGAGCUUCAGCCAGGCUGUGGCUGGGCAAGGUGGGCUUUCCUGGCAGUCAGGGAAAACAGACCUGGGGAACUGGGGCAGCUGGAGGUGGGAGGUAGGAAGGAAAUAGUUCUGGUCUUGCCUUUCCCUUCAGUUUCUCUGUUGUGUGGGUGCAGCCAGCAUGUUUUGAUUUCGGUUUGGUGAGAUGGUGGAAGAUAGAAGGUUUUUCUUUCUUGUUAUUUUCCUCAUUUUCCAACUUGGUUUUGUUGGGGUGGUAGUUGGUGUACACAGCACUAUGCUGUACUCUAGAGAUCCCAGUGCUGUUUUCAGUCCUUUUUCAGUUUUUAUUGAGAAACAUUCUAGUCAUCUGACUGGAACAUGAAAAUACAGUGCAAACUCUUCUAAUUGCUUGUGGCAGAUCUGCACCUGAAGGGGAAGCUUGAACUGCUCAGUGGCAAUAGACUCAUGUUCUGAUGGGAGAUUCUGCCCACAUUUCCAAAUCCUCUAUCAGUUCGUGAGUCAUAUUAGUAUUGAUUAAAAACUGUUGUGUGGUGCAAAGCAUGGAGCAGGGGUUUAGGAUGAUGAUGGUUGUGUCUGAUUCUCUGAAUACAAAAUUGGUGUUAAUGAAAAGAUUUCUGGAGCCUGUGGAGUUAAGAUCACAAAGGGGAACAAGAGUUCUGAGUCUCAGCUGUUCUAACAUAGAGCAGAUGGUUGACUUGCCUUCUAAAUCUUUGCUAAAAUUGAAUAAAUUCUCAGGACUAUCCAUGAUCUUUCAACCCAUUCCCAAUUUUUUUUGCAUGAUAGGAAAAGAGUAAUUUGCAAAUCAGACCCAGGCUGUGGGGAAAAAAAAAAAAAAAAAAGAAAGGAUUUUGCAACAGUGAGAAAGUGUGAGUCAGAAAGAAGACCUCAGGUUCCACUCGCAGCAUUUUGCCUGCUGCAGGUUGGUUUGGUGCAAGCUCUGUCCUUGAGGCAGUGUGGAAGUGAACUGUUUAAUGCCUCUUCUCUGGUAGUCUCAGAUGAAGUGCAGUAUAAAAAUGCUUAGUCUUGACAUUCUUCAAAUUAUCCCAGCAGUACUGUGAGAAAUAAUGUUAUUCUGAGUUAUUCUUUCUUGUAAUAUCAGUACUAAUUUCAAUUUCUCUGAAAUUUUCUGUUCUCUAGUCUCUCACAGAACCUUGAGUUUUGUUUCAACAUUUCUCAUGCAUUUUCUUUUAUUUCCUUCAUGAAGAAUUCAAUUUGCUGCAGCAAAAUAAUCUUAGCACUGAAAUAAUAGAUAUAUUAAAGUUGGAAUUACCUUGGUGGCAAUAAAGGACAGGGUUUUAUUGCUUGCUUAUCAAGGGGGGUUUGUGUUUAUGAGUUCUCUGAAAAGUAAGUGCAUUACAUUAGAACUAAAUUUAACCUGGCUUGGUAACAACAGCACGCAUAGGUAAUCCAUAAAGACAGUUCAGAUUUAUAUGGUAAUAGUUUAAAGAAGUUUAAAAAAAAAUUCAAGGGCUUUAAUGUUUUUUUACUUGACGAUGAAGUUGUCACUAAUAUUGAUAAAACAGAUGAGUAGCUUUUUUUAGAUUUCCACAAAGAAAACCCAAACAACAGCUAAUCAAUAGGAAAGCUCUUGUAGAUGGAAAGCAUUCCUAGUCAUCCAAGGAGGAGCUCAGGCUGCAGCAAUUUGGAUAAUACUGAUUAAAAUCCACCUCUGUCUCUUAGGUAGAAAUGAAUAUUUCUUGUUCCAGACUGUACAGCUCAGCAAAAUCAAGUGUUGUCAGCAACAGAUUAUAGGCCCCACGUGCUUUAUUCUUAGAUCUUGUAAAAAGUAGAGGGAAAGAGCAGAGCACUUUACAGGGUAAUUCCAUUUUCCAGGUUAAUUUAUAUCUGAUGAGCUAGAGCUUUUAGAAGGAGCACUCACAUGUCAAGAUUAGGAGCUUGGAUUGACCAGAACUGUAUAGUGUAAAGUGGUGAGUGAGUAGUUGGGCUGCUUCUAUUGAAUUUUUAAAAAGUCAUUAUUCACUGUGAUAGUACUGACUGCUGCUUUGUAAUCUGAAAAUCCUGAUUUGAAUAAGAAAAAAUCAAGAGGGUCAUUUUCUUGAGCUGAGCAACUUCACCAGCAUUGUUCCCUGAAGCAGAGAAGUCUUUGGUUAGUGUGAAGAUCAUCUUGGCAACUCAGCAGCUCAGCACCUGAAAUUCUUCUGAUCCUUUGCAAUUUAGGAAUUUUCGUGUGUGAAUGUGCGAAGGCACUUUAUAACAAUUGUUUCAGGUAACAGCAUGAGUAACCACUCAAGACACCUGCUCCUCAGUCUCCAUCUGGCUGCUGUUUUUGUGGGUGCUUUCCAGUGCCUCUGCUGUAAACUUAUGGAUGGAAGAUGAUGUAAUAAUGAUAUCAACUGUUAAACAGCAGUUAAUUAACUGCUGUUAAUUAAGAUCGUUAAUUAAGUUCAUUUAAAUUACGGGCCAUAAGUUGCAUCCAACCUAUUCUGGUUGAGGGAAAUAUAGAAUAGUUAAUUCUGUUGUCACUUUGGCAGUAAGAGAGUAAAGGCUGUGUUUUGGGACAGAGCAACCACAGGAGGAGGAAGGACUCAUUUUGUGUGGAGAAGUGUAGCUUCUGAAGGAGCUUUAAUAAUUAGUCAAACAAAUAUAGUCACUUUUGCUUGCUUCAGGAGAGCCCUUGUUCCUACAGUGUGACCUCACACGUUUAGGCAGCUCUCAGUAAAAGGGAAUCCGAGUUCUUUUCUGUUUCCUUGCGGGGUGUUUCCUUUCCUGUGGUAAUUCAGUUAACCAAAUCACCCUCAGCAGCAGCGGUCUCCCUGUGUUGCAGUGGUGUGCAGACACCUCUCGCUCAUUCCUGCUGGCUCUUGACCUUGGUGCUGUCCCUGGGGGCAGCCCAGGGGGACGGGCAGUCCCGGGUGCCACGGGGGCCAUCGACCCGAGCAGGUGGGCACAGCCGAGGCUCCAUGCACGGCUUGGCCAGCUCAGCACAGCUGGGCAGGGAACUGUUCCCAUAUGAUCUGCUUUAAAGGCAGGCUUUUGCUUUCAAGGGCAGGCAAGGAGGAAGCAGAUCUACAAAGUCUGAGCAAUGUAGCUUUAAUUGGAGCUGUACAUCUUGAUGGAGCAGAGGUGAAAAGGAGGAGACUGUAUGGCGUAACCUUUAUUUUUGUUAAGUUCCCUGAUAAGCCAUUGAUUUGAUAAGAAAUACUGCUCUGUUGGCUGAGCUUGCAGGGUGCAGUUCCCUGAUAAGCAUGUGUUUACUGUCUGCCAUAAAUGCCUGAAGUGACAGUUUAUGGUGGGUUGGGCUGGAAGUUUUAAAUGCUGAGUGGCUGCAUCAUAACUGUGCUUUCACAGGUGAGCUUGCUGAGCACUCAGGAUGGCUGAAGAAACAGCUUGAACUGUGAUGUUCAUUUCUCCUUGGAGCAGAGCAGUUGGACCCAGGGUAAUACACAGCCCUUGCACAUAUUACACAGAAGAAACCCAUUAGAACACAAUAUCCAGCCCAAAUAACCUCCCAAAAAAGCCUUGCAGGAGGAACACAAAGGUGAUGUGUAUUUUAUGACCAGAUGAUCACUUUCUUCCUAUGUGGUAGACACUCAUGCUGUCCAGAUCUUGAUGUCACCUCCUUUAGAGCAAUAUUCAUACACACCCAGAUUUUCAUACCCAGUGAAUCAAACUGGUGGGUUUCCUUGAUGUAAGAGACCCAAUGCUUUCCCAGUCAGAGGUAUUCAGGGAUGAAAAAAAUAUUGGUUCACAAUGUAAGAGAAAGGAAAUAACUCCUCUCUCUUGGGGCUAAUGAAGGCUACCAUGCUAUAUUUAGGGUUCUGUUGCUACCUGUGCUGGAUAGUUUUUCUGGAACUCAGGAUAUAUUCUGAUUAAAACUGAAGACACUCUUUUAUUUCUUUAACCACAUUUAAGUCUUGUAAUGUAAACAGAUUAGUUUGCAUUUCACAUCAGACACUGAUUUGUGGAGGAAAAUAGGAGUUUGCAUCCGGUAUGUCUCUUGAAUCAUUAACUUUUGAUUGAAAAAGGGUUUUGAAAUAGAGUAUAAAAAGAAUUUUCCAUUUUUAGCAAAGGGAUUUCUUGGGGUUUGCAGCAUCUGGUUGGUUUCUUUUCCCCCCUGGUGUGCCUAUACCAAGAAAUCUUGAAUUCGCUUUCCUGAUUUUGGAAGCUCAACCUGAGGGGAUUGAGAAAUUUCUCUAGUUUGCACCAUUCCCUUUCUGUUCAUAUGAAGACAACACCCCUGGCACACUCAGUGACAGCACCACAGCAGGGACCUGGCCCCAAGCUCCUUCAGGAGCUCUCCUCUGGUCACUUGGGUGACUUUGGUGGCUCUGCUGCACUUGCAGGUGCUGGGUGUGCCCAGGGCCAUUGCACAAGAGCUGAGCUCAGCUCCCCGGCCUCGUGGGAGCUGUGGGAAGCCCAGGGUAAACUCCUUUGGUUCUGAAGCUGCUCUGCCCUGUCCUGUGUACAUAAACAUUAUGUGAUAUAGGCUGCUUAGCAUUGGAGUCAUAGCAAUGUCUCAGUAGUUUAACAUCUCUCCUCUGCUGCAGCAUAAAGAGAGAAAUAAUUAGGAAUUGUGAGGAAUUGUGUCAAGGCAGUGUCUAGUGACCAGAGGACAUUGCAUCAGAUGGACUGAUGCUUCUGUCCAGUGGAGGUAGUUGGUUUUAUUUUGGUUUUGUAUGUCAUUUGCCAGCUACAUCUAGCAUGAGUAAGUGUUUUCAGAUGUCCCAUAUAGCAAAGUCUAGCCUGAUGUAAAAGGUCUGUAUAUAAGAAAUGUAGAAAGAGACACUGGGUGUUCUGGCCAGUGAAUGAUUUGGAAGAUGAGCCAGUGGGCUAAUCCUGCCUUGUGGGUGAGAUGAUCUAGGUAAAAAUCUCACGGGACUACAAAGAGCACAUUUCUACUGUGUUACACCCAGUCACGCCAGGGCCGGGGCUGGUCCUGCCUCGUGUUUGCUGCCUUUGAUUUCCCCCUCCUCUCCCACACAGCAGCUUGUGACAGAUGCAGCCACCACUUUUAACGGGACCUUUGUCAAGCUGGGGAAAAUGGCCACUUGAAUUCAGAGGGAAAAUAAUGAUCCUUUUGAUGAAGCAAGCUGGCGUUGGUGGCUGGGCCGCGCGCACCGGAGGGCAGAGCUCAAAGGGCACCUGCCUGUAACACCAGCCAUGGCAGGAAGUGUGCCUGGCUGCAGGAGAGAAAAACUGGCCUGCUGUUUGGAAAGAACAGAGGAAGAGAGAUUAGAGGUUAAACUGGAAAGGGUGUUAAAAUAUUCUCCGUGUAUGAUGGCUGUAGCAGUGGAUUUAAAUUGCUGAAAUUACCUUGUCAGGAUGCCUUAUCAGCUGCUGUUCUAGUGAUUGUUUGGUUUAGAUAAGAACUGGAGUGCGAUAAAACCUUGAUAAGAGUUUAGAGAUUACAGCUCUUUUGAAACUGCUGGCACUUGCCAGGGGCUCUGAGCUGCAAGAGCUACGCUUGGAUUUAUUCCACUACUUUUUUUUUUUUUCCUCCACCCCCCUUCUCUUCUUUUGUUUCAUGUUUUUGUUUAAGUGCUUGAGCUGUUGGUUUAGAUCCUCCUUAUUUUGAGCCACGCAGCCUCUUCUGAGCACUUCUGGGGAAGGGACCCGUGCUGAGGAGUGGAGGUGAAUGCUGAGAGAAGAAGAACAAGAUGAAGGUCCCUACAAGCAGAAGUGGCAGAAAUAGCGAGGAAGACAGCAUCAGGGAGGCCACAAGCUCUCAGCGGAGCAGCUCAAGGGACCGUCUCAGUGAUAGUUCUGCUCAAUCGCUUUCAGGAAGAGGCUACUCCUGUGACAGCGAGAGCGAUAUUGACGAUAAGACCGCAACGGAACUGGAGCUGACUCGUAUCAGGAGUGCCUUGAUAACAAGCAAGGCUUCUGUAGGCUCUGAGAAGCUGUUCUCCCCUGCAGCAAAUAAAGGUCCCACCUUGAAUGACAAGCCUGAAGCAAAAGCAGCCAAUGUCCCAAAGGUGUCUGGGCUAGAGCGGAGCCGGGAGCUGAGCACCGACGUGCCCUUCGCCCUGCCCAUCCCCAGCCCCCAGCCGGUCGCUGCCGUCGUCACUUCGACUUCCUCAGCGCCCACGUCAAGUGCCAGAGCAAGCCCCCUGCUGAAGAAGGAGCCAGUGAUUUCAGCACCAGCACCACCCAGGCUCACGCCUCAGCCGCAGCCCCGGCCGCAGUCCCAGCCGCAGCCUCGGCCGCAGUCGCAGCCUCAGCUCAUCCCUGACCUUCGGAGCCAGCCUCCGAGCCACAUCCCUCCGCCUCUCAACUACCAAGUGCAUCACCAGGUGGCCCACAACGGACUCAAUAACAUCAGCCGGAGCAGCAGUGCUAGCAGUGCAACGAGCAUCAGCCUCCCGAAGCACCUGCCCCUGUCUCCCCAGAUUCCACCACACCAUUCCUCCGGCCCAGCUCUGCCCCUCUCCAUCUCUAAUCUUGCUACCUCGCACUUCUCUCUCAGAUCGCAGACCCAGCACCAGCACCAUCCGGCCAUGUUCGCCACCCCACCCACGCUGCCACCUCCACCAGCGUUACCCACCAACAGCCUCGUGAUACCAGGACACCCUGCGGAUCACGAACUGCUCAGGCAAGAGCUGAACAACCGGUUUUUGGUUCAGAGUUCGGACCGGGCCGCUGCCUCACUUGGCCCGGUGCCGCUGCUGAGAGCGGAGUUUCACCAGCACCAACACACGCAUCAGCACCAACACACCCACCAGCACACAUUCACUCCUUUUCCAUCCAGCUUGCCCCAGACGCCGCUCAUGCCGCCCUCUGCACCUCCCAUGGUGCGUACCCCAGCCCAAAAUUUUGACAAGUACGCUCCCAAAUUAGACAACCCUUACUUUCGACAUUCCAACUUCUUUCCAACCUAUCCUCCAGCAAUGCCUGGAAUGCCACCCAUGCUUCCACAUUCAGGUCCCUUUGGGUCACUUCAGGGAGCAUUUCAACCGAAGACUUCAAACCCUAUUGAUGUAGCAGGUAGACCAGGCACAGUCCACCAUACGCUGCUGCAGAAGACUCCAGGGGUGUCAGACCCUUAUAGGCCUCCAGUAAGAGUAAGUAAGAAACCCGGGAAGUGGUGUGCGGUUCAUGUACAGAUCGCCUGGCAGAUCUACCAUCACCAGCAAAAGAUAAAGCAAAUGCAGCUGGAUCCCCACAAGCUAGAGAUAGGUGGUAAACUUGACCUGUUCAGCAGACCUCCUGCCCCUGGAGUGUUUCCAGGCUUCCAUUACCCACAAGAUCUUGCCAGGCCUCUGUUUUCUACCACAGGUGCAACACAUCCAGCCACCACCCCGUUUGGUCCCUCGCCUCACCACAGCAGUUUCCUGCCUACAAACCACUUGGCAGAUCCAUUUAGCAGGUCAAGCACCUUCAGCGGCCUUGGGAACUUAGGCAGCAAUGCCUUUGGAGGAUUAGGCAGUCAUGCUCUGACUCACAACAACAUUUUUACUCACAAAGAUGGCCCAAACCUGCAGAAUUUCAAUAACCCCCAUGAGCCAUGGAAUAGACUCCACCGGACCCCGCCGUCCUUCCCAACACCUCCCCAGUGGCCCAAGCCCUCGGAUUCGGAGCGGAGCUCCUCGGUGACAAACCAUGACAGGGACAGAGAGCGGGAGCCCGAGAAGAGGGAUCUUUCUCUGAGCAAGGACGACAGAGACAAAGAGAGAGACCUCAUGGAUAAAAACAGACAUUCGAACAGAUCCUCGCCGGCAUCCGCCCCAGUGACGCACCAGAUCAGCAAUCUCAUCCGCAGCAACAGCCAGAGCUCCAGCGAGCCCAUCAGGCAGGUCAGCCUUGGGGACAGGGAGAGGUCCAAGGAGCCCGAGAGAGAGCACCCUGACCGGCUGAGAGAGCCGCCCAUAGCUGAACACAAGAUCAAAGAGAGCCGUUCCCCAGUGAAGGAAACUCCAAGCCAUGAUAAGAGACCCUCUGAGGACAACACAAAGCCAGUAAUCCAGUCUGUAUCCCCAUACAGCAAACCUGCACUAAGUGAGAGCUUGAAGCUGACCAAUCUAAUGAGCAAGGACAUGGAGAGAAAGACUGAGCUUCCCAGCGACCUCCAGAAGAUUAAGAAUGACAUCAAAGUCAAGGAGGAGAGGAAGGAAGACAGUGAUGUGCUAGUGGUUGGGUCUGAGCCUUCCCAGCACUCCCGGUCAGUGGAGCAUCCCCCACCACCCACUCUCCACGGAUUAUCAUUGCCCCACUCGAUGGCUGCCUCCAUGCCCAUCUCCAUGGGCAGCGUGCACCAGAUGAACAACAUGAAUGUCCUGGACCGCAGCAGGAUGAUGACCCCGCUCAUAGGCAUGAACCCUUUGUCAGGAAGAGAGAGGCUGCCGCAUCCCGGAUUUUCCUGGGACCCGAUGAGGGACCCGUUGCGAGAUGCCUACCGGAGCUUAGACCUGCACCGUCGAAUGGACUUCCAGCUCCGGACAGAUCCUAUCCAUAGGUUUCCUACCACCUCUGGCUUUUAUGACCACGAGCGUUCCUACAGAGACAGGGAACCACACGACUACAACCACGAGAACCUUCUGGAAGCCCGCCGAGAGCAGGAGCGGUUGCGGCAAGUGGAGGAGCGCGAGCGCUUGCACUUACGGGAAGAACUUGAGCGUGCCAGAAUGCACCACUUGCACUCGUCCCCCAUCGAAAGCCACCUGGCACACGUGCCAUCCUUCAUGCCUCAUUUGAGCGGGAUGCAUUACCCCAGACUGAGUCCAUCCACUGCCAUGCACAACGGGAUUUUGAACAGGAACCCGCCGACCGCAGCGCUGAGCGCGCCGCCGCCUCUCGUACCAGCCAGCAGCACCAGACCUGCCUCCCCUCGCAGGACUACUCCACUCACAAACUCAGAGUCCAGGGACUAUUCCCCCUCUAGGAACCCCAAAGAAGUAGAGGCACGAUAGUCCCCAACAUUGAAUUUUAAACCCACCUGUACAUAAAACAAGCAAGCAAACAAACAAGCAAGCGACAACAAAAAAAAAAACACAAACAGGAAAAAAAAAACAACAAAAAAGAAAACAACAAACCUUUUACAAAAUGCACUGCUGUAAACUUUUUUUUUUAAUGUAAAAUUUGUAGAAGUUAAGCACAUUUCCAUAAAUUACGGGGUUGGGGACUUUCCAACAAGAAGGUUGCUGAGAAUGGGAAUUUAAUAUAUAGGUAUUGAUUUUUGGUUUUGUUUUUUGUUUCUGUGCUAAAAAAAAAAAUGAGUUAAGAAUAUCAAGUUUGUACAUUUUUUCCCAAAUGUGAGAAACAUUUUUAAUGGAUUUGUAUUUUUUUUAAUUUUGUGCUCUUUAUUCACUUAAAAAAAGAAGAAAUUUUGCUUUUGUUUUUAGUUAAAUUUGCAUUUUAAAGGCCUCAGAUCCUUAAGAAAAAAAAUACCCAGGGUUUCUUAAAAGUAUUAUUUAUGGAAAUACUGUAGUUUUACAGUCCACUGUGAGGUUCCCUUCUGAGGCCAAUUGAUCACUUACCUUGGUACUUUGGAACCGAAGUUACAGAUAUAUAUUAAAAUAUUAAUAAUAAUAAUAAUGUACAAAACUGUUUGUUUUUUGCCUUAUUAUAUUAUGCAGAAAUUUAAGAGGAAUUUUUUUUGACUUCUUGUUUUAAACAAAAAAAAAAGAAAACAAACUGUAAAUAUUCUGUUAAUAUAAAUGUACACCAAUAUUAAAUUCUUAACAUAGGUAGACUUUAUAAAAAUGGUUUCUAGAACCACUCUGGUUAUUUGUUAACAUGGUUACAACUCAUACUCUUGUCACAGUCAGAAAUUCACACUCAGAAAGCUCAGUAUGGCAUAUAAACUUCAACUAUGCAAGAACUCGGAGGCAGGUCUUAGUGGAUGUUGGGGGGAGGAAGGUUUUAAAAUAAAAAAAUUUAAAAAAAAAAACAACCCAAAAACAACCAACUCGCAACUCUGGAGACAAAAUGGCAAUGGCAUGUGAACAGGAAGAAGGAUGCUUGUGUUUAGCAAAAAAAAAAAAAAAAAGAGAGACUGAAUUUUUUUGUACAAACACAAGGGACAGUUCGUCAAGGAAAGAGAAAGACACACGCUUCUGGAAGGGAAUUUUGGUUUCCUACUUUUCAAGCUGGCAAAAGCAGAUGGAACUGGCACAGUACCAUGCGGCAGACCCUUUCCUUAUUUUUUUUUCCUUUUUUUUUCUCUUUUUUUGUGUUGUGGGCAGGAUCGCUGGCAAGCAAGGACAAUUUUCCGUGGACCCCUUGUGCUAAUUGUGCAGUGUUCUUAUUGGAAUCUGUAUACAAGACAAAGUAGAAUUUUAGGAGUGCAAAAAAAAGUCUAAUGGUUGAUUAAAAAAAAAAAAAAGAAAUUCUGAUAUAUUAUCUAUAGUACAUGAAGACCAUAAGCAAAUGUUUGUUUCAGUGUGGUUCUGCCUUGAACUGCUUUUUGGCAUGAUUUAUUUUUUAUUUCCAAUUUUACUUUUCAUCCAUAUGUAAAUUUUGCCAUGUUUUACUUGCUGUACCAUCCCCCCUUCCCUUAUUUUAUUUUUCAGUGUCCAUGUUUUAUAUAUCCUGGGCUUUUUCUCUCUAGUUAAUUCAGCCAUCCGCUACUAUUUUCUUGGCUCUGUAACUCUUGUUUCCCCCCCCUCCCCGUCCUCCCCCCUGCACCCCCUGUAAUUUUAAACAUUCAGUUUCCUUGUAGAUCAAUGAAGAUAAAUACAACAUUGAUUUUGGAUGAAAAA